AUGUCAAACAACAACAAUCAUAAGAAAUUAAAUCUUGUAAAUAAUCAAUUAUUUAGUAGAUUAAAUAUUUAUCAGGAUCAUCAUGAUGAUGGUGAUAAUGAUGCCGACAGCCAUGAUCAUGGUCAGGAACAAGCACAGUCAAAGUCAGUGGCUCAGCAGGUGCCAAGAGAUCAGUCACCGAUGGCGAUUGGCGGUGCUCUAAAGAAUGUAAUACAGAAACACGAUUUCACUGUGUUCCUGUCGAAUCCUUCCGGUGGAAAUUUAGAGGUCACUGGUAGUUUCGCAACUGGAAAUACCAGUCAUGUUGCAGCUGCUCUCACUCCUACUGCUGCAGUUGUUAUGGACCAGAAACAGCAACAGCAGCAAUUCCAACAACCAGCUGUUCUCACCAAAGAGAAAUCACGUGCCAUUCUCAGUGCGGUGUUGCAGACUGCCAAUCGUGUCACACCGGUACUCUCACUGAAACGAUCGAUCGAUAAAAACAAACCGUUGGUACUCAAUCCAACGGUAUCAACGAUAGUUGUCUUACAAUCUUUCGACACUGCCACCCCUCACAGUGGCAGAGCCAAAGUCACCGAGACAAUCGCAGUUGAGAUCGCGCCAGAAAGCGGUGCAAUCACUGCCGACCUAUCAAUCGAUGACAAAGCAUCGGGAUCAUCUGAUCCCUAUGUUUGUGUACAUCUCGCGCCUCACGAGGACGACUGUCACAAAUCAAAGUCGUCGCAUCAGAAUCGAACGUCCACCAAGAAAGCAGAGUUGAAUCCAGUUUGGGAUGAAACUUUUGUAAUUAAAUCAAACAAACCGGAAGAAAAUACUUUGAUUCUCUCGGUAUUCGAUAGCGAUCUCGUUACCAAAGAUGACUUUAUGGGAACUAUUCAUAUUCCAAUUUCAGAUGCAGCAAUACUACCACUGAAUUCGAUCACCAGCGAAUAUUUCCUACAGCCAAAAGAAAAGAAACCUGGAUUCUUCAGUCGAUUGGCGCAUAAAGACGCCAACAGGAAAGAGGAAUUCGAAGCGCAUCUCAAUAGCGAUCAGAGUCUUGGUUCCAUUAAAUUGUCGUAUUACUAUGUAAAGCGAGAUCUCGAGAGAAACGAUUCGUUCGAUAUCGUUCCAGAGGAGAUAAAAAAGAUGAUCAAAAUCAAUCAUGAUCAACACAUGACAGAGUUGAUCGAUUACAUUGUAUCAAUACCAUCGUUUAAAUCAAAUUAUAUCUUCCCAGAGGAACUUCAUUCAAUGUUAAAGGAUUUCGAGCAAAGAGUUGGAAUAUCUUCAAUAACAAGAUUAACAUGUAUUAUCGAUCAUACAGUUCAAAUAUUUUUGAUAUCAAUGCAACAAUUGAAUUUAAUUAGUUCAACUUUAUCAUUGUUACAAAAAGAUUUAAUAGAAGAUAAAUCAAUUAAUUUAACAAAUGAAAUUAAUAACAAGUUGACUAUUUCUAUUAAAGCAUUGAAACAAAUCUUUAAGAAUGUGAUUUCAAGAUAUGGUUUAAGUUUUCCAGUCAAUAUGAAUGAAAGAGGUGAAAUCACUGGAAUUACUGAGGAGAAUGGUAAGCUACUGACACUCUCCAUAAAGAUAUUAAAUCAAAUCCACUCCAUCAGAAGUUUCCAAAAAGGAGAAGUCGAUGAUUCAUCAAAGUUUAAAUUGAAAAUCGAUAAAUAUGUUAUGGAUUAUUUCAAAAUAUUCUUUGGUAUGGUAAAAGAAAAUUCAGAGGUAUCAAUUGAAGAUUCUAAAGAUUUCCAGAAUAUAGUUGGAUUGUUGGAUGUUUACGAUGCCAUUGAAUUACAGAUAUCGAAUGACAUUGAUAUCUAUUCGAAAUACUUUGGUUCAGAGUUGUCAAAGAAAUCCGCUGUUGCCUAUUAUAAUCUUUUGAAAGAGGAAACCAUUUAUAUUCUCUCAAAAGAGACUGGUGUCUGCAUGGAAUCUUUCACUUUGUUGAAAAAGAUACAAAAGUUGCAUACUACCACUUUGAAACCAUAUAUCAAUGGUGUAUUUUCGCCAUUUGUUGAUAUGUGGGUUGAGGAAGCUAAAACUCAAUUCAAUACUUGGAUGACUAGAAGUAUUCAUAAUGAACAAUGGCGAUCGAUCGAUGCCAAGAAUAAGAUAUUACAUUCCAAUAGUGUUAUGGAUCUGUUCCACAUGUUUGAGAUUGGCAAGAAUCAUUUGAUCGGUCUGAAUCUGAAUGUCGAUAAGCAGCUGAUGACUUUCAAUCAGUUGGUGAUACAAUGCUAUCAAGACUAUUUAGAUUCGAUCAUGGAUGUGGUUUUAAUAGAGUUGGGAGAUGAUGAUUACUUCCAGAGGUAUCAAAGGGAUGUUUCUGCCGUCGCCAAGUUCCUCUCGAUCUUUAAGGACAUCGGUGGAAGUAACUCCCCAUCGAGAGAGCGUUCCUCAUCGGUCACCAAGAACACCUCGAUCAGUCUAUCGAUUUGUGUAAAGUUAAACUGCAUUGAGACAUCACGUCAACUUCUCGAUGACUUUAUAGAGAAUCUCACCUCGAAAUUCCAGUCGCUUCAAACCCCAAUCGAAGAUGCAUUCGCCAAAUCCAUAUCGAAUGCAAAGCGACAGAUUGAAUAUCUCACUGAUCUUGUCAUCGGAAAGAUUGGAUCGUUUGUCAACAUGUGUAUUGGCGACAUCAUUUCAAAGUCAGCCAGUAGCAGUAGCAAGACUACAUCUCCGCGUGGCGGCGGCGGCGGCGGUGGCGGAGGUGGUGAUGCCAAUGUUUGUGACGAAGCAAUGGUAUCGGAACUUCUGCAGCCAUUGUUUAGCUACUUGACUAAUGAACUCUCGCUGCUCAGCAGUAAUCUCUAUCAACCUACAUUCAGCAGAUUUAUUCGUGGUGUUUGGAUGUGCAUAUGGAAGGAAUGUGAACGUAUUCUCUUCCCGGAUUGCUCACUACAAAAGGUUGGCGACGACGUCAUCAUCAAGCAGAUCUACAUGAUGCUAUCGCUGUACAACCAGUUGGAAUCGUUCUUCUACUCUGACGGCGAUGGAAUGAGACUUGAGCUGCUGAGAUCACAUGCAUCACCACUGUUCCGAACGCUACCUAUCUACUUCUCACCGACACCGCUCCUCAUCGAGUUGCACAGACAGCUGGUGAGCGGAUCGAUGUCCAACUCUGUAAGUGUUACCAGUGCGACCGAUCUCACUGUCUCUUUUGAGAAGAUACCGGCACUGCCCAAACAAUUUGGACUGCCCGAUUUCAAGAAUCAUGAUACCAAGUUCAUUCUCUCGGAAGUUCACAUAAUGUCACCGCUUGCAUCUCGUCAAAAGGAAUCGGAGGCAAGCAAAUACGUUAAAUCCAACAAACAAAACUAUAAGAAUCGUUAUCUUAUCGAUAAGUUUGAACUACCAAACAAAUCAUUGAAUGUAGUAGAGAAAUUUAAAUGUAGAAGUUCAUUAGGUAUACCUACUAUUUUAUAUUUAGUUGAUGAUCAUCUAUGUAUUUCAACUAUACUUUCAUACAGUGAAACGAAUACAGCAAUUAAAUAUCAAUCGUUGACCAAGUUAAUCAAACAACACAUUCAAGACAAAGAGACUCUCACUGUAUUGGUAUCUGAGAAGUCUUAUGAUCUAUGGGGAUUCAAUGAUAGUAAGAAAUCGAAGCUCUACAAAACGGUUAUUCAAUUAGCAAGUAAAGUUAAUGAAGCUUUAAAGAUUGAAGAACCACAUAUAACACUCAAGAGUCAAGAUAUUGAACAUGAAUUCUUCUCUAAUUUAUUCAAAUUACCAAAGAAUGAGAAGAUCAUUGCCAACUACUCUUGUAUGAGAAAAGGAUUGUAUGGUAGAAUUACUAUCACCAAUCAUUAUUUCUGUUUCCAAAAUCAUAUUACAUCAUCAACCGAAAAAUAUGAAUGGACAGAAGUCAAUGAUAUUAAAAAGAUAAAUUCUCUAUUUACCAGUGGAAUACAAGUCACUAUUAGAAAUGAAAAGAUGAAAUUCAAUGGAUUUGAAAAUAGGGAUCAAUAUUUUAGUCAAAUUAUUGAAACAAAAACAAAAUCACUAUAA